AUGGUGGUGCGCGUCGAGGCCUAUCUCGCGUCGACAGACGAUGUAGCCGACCUUGGCUUGCCGUCACCGCCCAAGCUUCGCGUAUUUGGGGAGCCACUAGCCUCGCCACCGAGCCGCCACGUCAUCUCGCGCACGAGCUACCAGUUGCUCUGGUGGGGCCAUCUCGUCUCGCAGGGCCUCAUUCUAUACGUGCUCUUGCUUCGCGUCCAAGCGGCCUUGGCGACAACCGCAUGCGAAGCGAGCGUUUUGAAUUUGCUCCUGCUUGGCGGCGCGAUGUGCCUCUCUACAUUGGACAUGAGCGCCCUCGUCGUGGCGUCGCUGGCUGCCAAGCGCCUCCGCUUUACUCGUCCGCGGCUCGCUUGCGAGGCGUCGCUAGCGACGUGGUCUGCAGAGCCGCCGGCCAUCCAUCUUGUCGGCGGUGGCGCACUUGUUCUCUGGCUGGCGCAACUCUACGACGCGAGUUACUUUAGCUGUAGCCAUACCGUCAGCUACGUAGUCCUUGGGCUUUGGUGUUUAGUAUCGUGCGGCACCGUGCACUUGGGGAGUAUCGGUCGCGCUACAUGGCUUUGGUGUCUGCAAACAAUGACGCUGCUCCUUCUCGGCUUAUGGACGCCGUCAGCGCCACCGACCGUUUGGGGUCCAUCGCUCACCGCCGCCUACCACCAGUCUCUCCAAGCAGGCAUCUUUGCUGUCCAGUCCAUUCUCACAACAUGGGUUCUUUGGCUCCUGCCGCAACUCGUGCAACCGUCGAGACUCGUGUCGUCACCUCUCAAGGUGCGCCAGUGGACCUCCCGCCCUCCUUCCGCCGCAGCAUCCACGACGCCUGCUCUGCACAAGGCCAAGCCUACGUGGCCGCGGCUGGUUCGCUGGACGACACGCAGUCAAGUGCUCCUCGUGCUUGCUGCUGUGGCGUGGGAAGGCUUCUGCGUAGCCGUGCGACGAACGCUGCCUGGCUGCGACAUGUCGCGUGCUCAGCUCUUCACGCUCGCGCCGUCUUGCCUUGUCUACACCAGUCGCGAUUGCAAAUCCGUGCCAAUGCUACCACGCCUCAUGGCCCUUCGCCUUCUCGACUGCACGUACACGGCGCUUCCAGCACUAGAGAUGCUCGCUUUGGAAUUGAUCAACUGCACAACCACCAACACCACGUGGGACUUCUUGCCGACGACGACCGCGUUUGUUGUGCUACGCAACGUGACGCUUCACGACGCGAUGUUUCCGAGUGCGCUACUGAGCAAGCCGCACGUCCAUAUGGAAAGCAGCAUGGUGACGCAGUGGCCGCUCAACGUCAUCACCAGUGCGCUGAAAACGCUUGUUGUGGCCAACACGCAGCUGCCUUUUCCGCCGACGCACAUUCGCUUGCCGAACCUCGUCGCCUUGCACUUUACCAACAACAACGCUUCGGUCAUAGAGGCGGUGCAAGAGGACAACGCCUUGCGGCUCCUCAAUGUAUCCCACAACCCCUUGACGCACUUGCCGCCAUCGGUGUGGCAGCUCCCACACGUGCACACGGUCGAUGUACGGAUGACGCAGAUGUCGUCGGUGCCGGCACGACUCUCGCCGUCGCUGCGGAUCAUUUUCGCGACGAUGUCGCCGCUGUGUGCGGCAAUUGAAGCCUUUUAUGGGUCCCUCGACCCGAUGCACUUGGGUAUUUCGUUUGCCCGCUCCGACGCCAGCUUGAUCCAAUGUCGUCAUGACGCGUAA